AAUAAGCAGCAGUGCAUGCAGACUCCCUCUUGCACACCAUGCCUGCACUUUAUCGGAUACUUCUGCUGUUCUCUGGUAAAUUGCUGCUUGAAUUUCUUUAACUUUUUAACACAUUUUGCAGGGAAUAAUUAAGAGGGAUUGAGAGGGAGUGAAGUAAUGUUAAAGGACAAUGUUAUGGGUGCCUUCAGGGAUCUAACAUGAAAGGAAAUUAGAUCUGUUAGAUUCUGAUGAUUCAACUCCUUAAUUUCACACAAGAAUACAACUGUAUGAUCUUGAAAUGGUUUAAUCUUUCAUUUCAUUUCAAUAAUCUUGUGAUCUUUAUAUAGAGCUCAUCUGUACCAAUGUCAAUUGUCAUGUCUUGUAUGAUGACAACUAAUAUGCACAUGACAAUUUCAUGUUAAUUAGAUCUGUGAAAAUAGGUUAUAGAACUAGACCAGAGUAUAAGAGUGUGAAAAGAAUUUCCAGCUGAACAAAAAGUAAAGAAGUCCCAUACAAAGUGUGAAAUUGUUUUGUAUUGUGGGAAAGGGGGUUAAUUUCAUAAGCUAUGGUUGUCUAAAAAUAUCAGUGUCAGAGAAAUUAUAGUCAAUCAUUAAUACAUUUGGUUUAAUACAAGUUGCAACAAGGAGACACCCCAGCAUAGAAGCAUAGAAAACGUUGAACGGGCCUUCUCUGAGAAGGUACUUAUAUAUUAAUCAGACAGUACCAAAUGUUCUCUGAACAUCAGCUCUAGAGGCUUGUACAAAGUCAAAACAAGACAGUGACUUGCCAGCUGCUACAGAAUCAAAGUGUUCAUAAUGUCAUUGUGUCCUCAGUCCUUAUACCUUCAUUAACUCUGGUGUCAAUCACUAUCAAACGAUAUGAGAACAAUCCAUAACAUUCAGUAACAAGUCUAGUGACCAUCAACCCGUACACAAAUGAGUGUCACAAAUAGAACACUGGAAAUCAUGUGUCUGACAGAAAGGGAAAACAUAUACAUUUGCUAAGCAUUGUGUUUAUCACUCUUAACUGAAUAUGAACUUUAUUCAUCUUUAAUAUUCCCAAAUACAAAGAGCAUCUUUCUUGGAAAAUGUGAGGGACUUCUCCAGGCUUGCAAUUGCAAUAUUAGGUUGUCAUCACGACUUGUAAUAAUACAGCAUUUCCAUUCAGACACUUUGGAAACUUAGACAUUCAAAAUCAUUUUUAUAUGAGAGACUAAUCACAGAUCUCCACUUAUCAAUAUUCACUUGAUGACAGGACAAAUGACUAAAGAGAUAGUAUGAAGCAAAUGGCACAUAUUAAGCAAGGCUGCUACAUACAGACAAGUAUAUGCAAGUGCACAUUUUGAACAAGAUGUGUGUACACGUGAUUGGUGUACACGUGAAGAGCUGAGUUUCAUGUUCUUCUGUUGUUGUUGUUGUUUUUGCAGUGGUAAUGGCCUCUAUGGCACUGCAGAGGCCCCCACGGACUAAGAGAGGGCCUACUGGAGCUGGCAGGAGUCAUCAAGUGCAGCACGGGCAGAUCAGCCCUGGCUUAUAUGAUGUAUGGCUGCUACUGUGGACUGGGGGGUCAGGGCUGGCCCAGGGAUAAAGCAGACUGGUGAGGCAGUAGGACAGAAGCGUGAUGAGAUGUUAUGUAAAAGUCUGGCAUGUUCUGUGAAGCUGAUUAUGUAUUACUGAGCUAUAUAGUUGUAAUGAUGUGUUAUAAACAUGUUAAAAACAUGUUGUUUUGUUUUUUGGGGGGUGCCAUUUCAUAACAAACUCAGAUCAUUUAGUGUACCACUGAAUGAAAAACCCCUCAAUCAACUGUUCAGUCUGGUUGGCCACAAUAACAACCUGCGUUAUGUGAUGCAGUUCAAACUGCAAAGUGUAUCAUUUUGGGUGUUCUUUUUAGGUUUUGCCCUCCUGCCAAUUGGAUAUUUGAAAAUAGAUAUGCACAACCAGCGGAGCGCCCAAAAUCCUUACCAUAACAUCCUUCUGUCCACUAAUCACAGACAUGAACUCCCACAAAACCAUUAAACUACAGAACCUCCAGCCUAUCUCUCACAGGCCUGCCUACUAAUGUCACAACUUCCGCCGAGGCUGCCUCCCCUCCUUGUUCGGGCAGGUUCCGGCGUUUGGCGUUACCGGCUUACUGCCGAUCCAUUUAUCAUCACUCCAUUUGUCUUGUCUUCAAUCACACACACCUGGUCCUUAUUCCCUCAUCAGUCAUUGUAUAAGUGUUCCCUCUGCUUCCUUGUCUGUGUGGGUGAUUGUUUAUUGUGGAGGUUAGUGGAGCUCGGUGGAGCUCGUGUAUUUUGUAUCGACAGGAGUAUUUCCCGUGUGCCUUGUAUUUUCCAGUGCGCCUGUUUUGUGCCCUGGAGUGUGUUUGACGCAUUUCUGCGUAAACCUGGUAUUUUGCGGAUUAAAGCCAAUGUUAUUCUGUGAUUUACCCUCCUGCGCCUGACUCCUUCAACACCACCUCAUCACAACCAACAAUAGUUGAGCCCAUCCUCUUUCAUUUCCUGUCGUUUUAAAUAGAGCUGCGGUUGGUCCAAGCUACAAUAAUAUGGAAAAAUGCCAUCUCUGCCUUUUCAGUUAAUAGUUUCUCAAACAUUAUUAAUCCAGUUAUAGUUUUAAUUGGGUAUUUUUCAAACUAGAAAAAGGGCCUGUAUUACUUAUGUAGUGCAUCACUGAGACAGCAAAUAGUUCUUAUAAUGUCCUGUUUUAAGUGUUACAGUAGUGUGUUUUUGCCUUCUUUAAGGUGUUGUCACAAACAUGACUGCUGCUAUGGAGAUGCAGACAUUGCUGGUUGCCAAACCAAGACAAGAAAGUAUCAAUGGACAUGUGAGGACAAGACUGCAGAAUGUGGUAUACCAUCUCCUUUUUAUGCACAUGAAUGAGACAAUGAUUCAAUCAAGCUGAAUAAGUCUAUCCCUCCCCUUACACAGGUGUGGACAUUUAGAGAAAGAAAAUACUACAUGCCGUGACUUUGUCAUUUUUGUAUAGCUUUGCUGUUAAAAAUGAAUGGGAUUUUCAGUGCAUGGAAAUUAACAGAUGUGUGAUCAACAAACAUCUGUAUAGUUUACAAACACUGCAGACAUUAUAGGGGAUGGGAGGGUUAGGAGGGAAUGGGCAGAAAGGAAUCAUUUCUCACCCUCAUUUUCGGUUAUUUUAAGCUCUCACCAUAAUUGCUAAUCGCAAAAGCACAUGGGAAAAGCAACACCAUUCAGGAUUUUUACAGUGUUUAUUUGUGCAUCAGACAUUUUCUAACAUUUCUAAACCUCUGAGUGUUUCCUUCAUAUCCUCCACAGACCACUCCUUUCCCAUCAGCUGUCAUUGAAGGAACCUACUCACUCUUUUCAUUCCAGAUGAUCUCAAGGACAAAUGUGAGAAGAUUCUCUGCAAAUGUGACAGGGAGGCAGCCAAAUGCUUGAGAAAGGCACCUUUCAUACGGAAAUAUGCUAUGUGGCCAGACUUUCUCUGUGGGUGUACACUGCCAACAUGUAAUAUCUACUGAUUCAAUAAAUGUACACUUGUGGAUUCUUCAAUUUGCUGUGUGUCUAUUUAUGUUAAUAGAAUAUCAGAAGGAUCCCCUUCACAACAUUAUAAUGACAUGUAACAGCAGUAAUACUUCAUGACAUUUUGUAUGGGUAUCUCCUUUUUUCCAUUUACAUGAAAAGGACAAAUAUGCUUAAACC